UCCUCAUUCCUUGAAUGCUUAAAUUCCUUCUUUCCCUACAACUCACUCCAGCCAAUCCUCUACUUGUAUAUAGCUUUCCCUUAUUCACCCUUCCUCCACAUUCUACUUCAGAAGCCAAAGCUUGAAGAAGAAGAAUUAGUGGAAAUUAUAAGCUCUCCCUCUUGUUAGAAGAGAUUUAGAGUAAAGAAAAUAUGGCUGCCCAGGAGAAAGGCUUGGCAGGAAACAUCAGCAAGAAAAAGUUUCAGAAGAGCUACUUUGAUGUGUUAGGAAUUUGCUGCUCAUCAGAAGUUCCUUUGAUUGAGAACAUCCUCAAAUCUCUUGAUGGUGUUAAAGAGUUCUCAGUUAUUGUCCCAACAAGAACAGUUGUGGUUGUCCAUGAUAAUCUCAUCAUCUCUCAGAUUCAAAUUGUUAAGGCCUUGAACCAAGCAAGGCUAGAAGCAAAUGUUAGAGUGAAUGGAGACACCAGUUACCAGAAGAAAUGGCCAAGCCCAUUUGCUGUGGCUGGUGGUGUUUUGCUUUUGCUGUCUCUGUUGAAGUUUGUUUAUCAUCCUCUUCAUUGGCUGGCUCUGGGAUCUGUGGCCAUUGGAAUCCCUCCCAUCAUCUUGAAAGCCAUUGCUUCCAUCAGGAAUUUUAGACUUGAUACCAACAUCCUUGUUCUCAUUGCAGUGGUGGGGACAAUCGCUUUGAAAGAUUAUCUUGAAGCAGGAACCAUUGUCUUUCUCUUCACUAUUGCAGAAUGGCUUGAAUCAAGAGCAAGCCACAAGGCUAAUGCAGUGAUGUCAUCAUUGAUGAACAUAGCUCCACAGAAAGCAAUUAUAGCUGAAACUGGAGAAGAAGUUGAUGCUGAUGAGGUAAAGUUAAACACAAUUCUCGCCGUUAAAGCUGGCGAGAUUAUACCCAUUGAUGGAAUUGUUGUAGAUGGCAAUUGUGAAGUGGAUGAGAAAACCUUAACUGGAGAAUCAUUUCCAGUUGCUAAACAAAAGGAUUCUACUGUCUGGGCUAGCACUAUCAACCUUAAUGGUUACAUUAGUGUUAAAACUACUGCUUUAGCGGAAGACUGUGUGGUUGCUAAAAUGGUGAAGCUGGUUGAAGAAGCUCAAAACAACAAGUCUAGAACUCAAAGACUGAUAGACAAAAUUGCUCAGUAUUAUACUCCUGUGGUUAUAAUCAUAUCAGUGAGCUUGGUAGUAGUUCCUUUGACCCUAAGAGUUCACAACCGUAAUCACUGGUUUCACUUAGCAUUGGUGGUGUUAGUGAGUGCAUGCCCAUGUGCUCUUAUACUCUCUACACCUGUUGCAACUUUCUGCACACUUACAAAGGCCGCAACAUCUGGUGUUUUGAUCAAAGGUGGAGACUAUCUCGAAACACUGGCCAAGAUCAAGGUAAUGGCUUUUGACAAGACUGGAACUAUCACAAGAGGUGAAUUCGUAGUAGUAGAUUUCCAACCUCUCUGUGAAGACGUGAGCCUUGAUGCAUUGGUAUAUUGGGUUUCAUGCAUUGAGAGCAAGUCAAGUCAUCCCAUGGCAGCUGCUCUUGUUGACUAUGGAAGGAGUCAUUCUGUAGAGCCAAACCCUGAGAAUGUGGUGGAUUUUCAGAAUUUUCCAGGAGAAGGCAUUCACGGAAAAAUUGAUGGGAAAGAAAUUUACAUUGGGAACAGAAAGAUUGCUCUAAGAGCUGGAUGUGGAACAGUUCCAAUGCCAGAAGAGGGGGAUAUGAAGGGAGGGAAGACCAUUGGAUAUGUGUUCUCUGGAGGAAACCCAAUUGGAAUUUUCAGCCUCUCAGAUGCCUGUAGGACUGGUGUCGCAGAGGCGAUCUCCGAGCUGAAGUCAUUUGGCAUUAGAACUGCUAUGUUAACAGGAGAUAGUCAAGCAGCAGCAAUGCAUGCUCAAGAACAGCUAGGAAAUGCUCUUGAGGUAGUCCAUGCAGAACUCCUACCAGAAGACAAGGCGAGGAUUAUCGAGACGUUUAAGAAGGAAGGUUCAACAGCAAUGAUAGGAGAUGGAAUAAAUGAUGCACCUGCAUUGGCUAUGGCUGAUAUUGGUAUCUCAAUGGGAAUUUCAGGUUCAGCACUUGCAACAGAGACAGGACAUGUAAUUCUCAUGUCAAACGACAUUAGAAAAGUACCCAAAACGAUCCAGCUCGCGAGAAAAGCUCAUCGGAAAGUGAUUGAAAAUAUCAUUCUAUCAAUAUCUACCAAGUCUGCUAUCUUAGCCUUGGGAUUUGCUGGUCACCCUCUUGUUUGGGCUGCUGUCCUUGCUGAUGUAGGCACCUGUCUGUUAGUAAUCUUCAACAGCAUGUUACUUUUGCGAGGAACCCAUGAAAAAGGCAGAAAAUGCUGCAAAUCAUCAUCAGCUGCAGAACAUACUAAGAAAUGUGACAGUACAUAUUCUUCUCAUCAUCACAAGCCUUGCUGCUCUAACAAGAAGGUCACAAAAAGUUGCGAACCUCAAGAAUUGCAAACCUGCACAUCAAGAUGUGAAUCAGAUGAUGUGAACAAGAACAGAUCAUGUGGGAAGAAGUGCACGAAUCCAGCAAACAAGGAGCAGAAUGAAGUGAAGCAUUGUAGUCAUGGAAGCUGUAAUACAGUCGACCUAGAAGCAAACAAUCCACAUAAACAUGCUUGCUCCAAAUCAUCAGCUGAAGAAAAUACUAAGAAAUGCAAGAACAAAAGUUCUUCUCAUCAUCACAAACCUUGCUGCAGCUCUAAGCAAAAGGUGGCAAAAGUUUGCGAACAUCAAGAAUUACAAACCUGUGCUUCAGGAUUCGAAUCAGAUGAUCUAGACAAGAGCACGUCAUGCGGGAAGACGUGCCAAAAUUCGCCUAAUAAAGAGAAAAAUGAAGUGAAGCACUGUGGCCAUAAUCAUAGUGAUCAAAUGAAUCAUCAUUGUAUCUCUAACCAUUCAAAUCAUUCUUCUGACAUAGACCACUGUGAUGAUUCUUCAAAAAGCACCUGGGAAUCAGGUUUCAAUCACAGGCCUCUCCAUUUGGAACAUGCUGUCAAGAAUUGUUGCAGUAGCCACAACAACCUUCAUUGCUCUACCAUGGAUAUUCACCAUGCUUGUAUGAACUUGGAAAAGAGAGAAAGUGGGAGUUGUUGCAAGAGCUAUAUGAAGGAAUGUUGUGGUAAACAUGGAAGAUUUUCAAAUGGAUUUGGUGGAGGCUUGUCAGAGAUCACCAUUGAAUAGGAGAUAAAUAGUUGAUUAGCUAUAAACAAGAGAUGAAGAUCAUUAGAGAAGAUUAUUUUUGCAAGAAUAUAUGGAAAUUUUUGCUAAAUGGAAAUGGGAUGAACAAAUUAAAUACAAUGAAUGAAUCAAAGAAAUAUUUUUGAAUGAUUAUAAUUGAAUGUAUAAAUUUAUACAGCUCUA